AUGUCAGCGGUCGCCGCUGCCCGCGCUGAAUGGCGUGCUAUCGGGAUUUGCCUGUUCAUUACAAUCGCGGCCUUCCAAUUUGGAUUUGACUCUUCUUACUACUCCGGUAUUCUGGCUAUGGAGCCUUUCAUCAAGGCUUAUGGUCACUACGACACGACGACGGGCGGUUAUGUCCUCAGCUCAAGCAUGCAAUCCCUGACUACCAGCAUCAUCAAUGCCGGCGAGUUUGUUGGUGCUAUCUCAUCCUUCUUGAUAGACAACAAAUUCGGUCGUCGUGGAGGACUGUUCGUGUCAAGCGCUUUCGUGGUCAUAGGCGCGAUCUUCCAGGUCGCUGCUGAUAAUUUGGGCUUGUUGAUUACUGGAAGGCUGCUGCUAGGCUAUGCGGUGGGGCUGAUCUCUUGUCUGGUACCUUUGUACGUCGCAGACUGUGCCCCAGCCCAAUUCCGCGGUGCCCUCGUGUCUCUGUAUCAGUUCAAUAUCGGCCUUGGACUGUUGCUCGGAGUGAUUGUGGAUAACUCCACCAAAGAUCGCAACGACAGCGGGGCGUACCGCAUUCCAAUGGCAGUGCAGCUUAUCUUCCCGGUCAUUUUGGUUCCAGGCCUGCUCACUUUUGCCCCAGAGUCCCCACGGUGGCUGUUAUCCCAAGGGAAGGUUGAAAAAGCAAAGGAAUCUCUUCUACGGCUGCGUGGUGAUCGUCCGGACAUCAUUGAAUAUGAGAUGACGUACCUGACUGGGCUUGUCGAAGAAGAGCAGCGGGCCGAGGGCUUCUGGAAAGACUUGCUGAAGUGGAACAUGGACGGUCGCAAAGCCUAUCUUGGAAUCGCGCUUCAAGCGUGGCAACAGGGCUCUGGUAUCAAUUUCAUCACAAGUUACGGCAUUGUUUUCUUCAGUGCCAUUGGAAUGACAAACUCCUUCCUAAUCCAGUUAGGUCUCUACUUGGUUGCAAUGCCAGCCGUGUGGCUCAACCAGUACUGUGUGGAGCGCUACGGUCGUCGGUCCAUGAUACUCUUAUCAUGCAGCAUGGUUGCUAUCGUGUUGCUAAUCGUGGGAGGAGCUGGAACCGCGCCCGCCAAGUCUUUAGCAUUGGAUCGAACCAUUGUGGGCAUGGUCUAUAUCUUUAUGGUAGUCUUUAAUCUCGCCCUAGGACCUGCUGUCUGGGUUGUGACUUCGGAGAUCUCCACCGGCCCAAACCGUGGCAAACUUAUGGCGACAUCGACUGCGACCAACUGGUUUUGCAGUUGGAUGGUCACGUUCACCUUCCCGUACCUGUUCAACGCGGAUGCUGCUGGCCUCAGUGCUCGAGUUGGAUUCAUUUAUGGUUGCCUGAUGAUUGCAGCAGCAGUCUGGGUAUUUUUCUUCCUCCCGGAAACAUCCGGGAGGACGCUCGAAGAGAUCCAAAUUCUCUUUCAAAACGGUGUGCCAGCUCGCCAAUUCAAGUCUUAUGAAAUCGAGUCACCAGUAUCAAGUACAUUGGAAGAGAAGGGAAUGGCCUAUGUUACCGAAGUCGAUCGUGUAUAG